UUGAAACAGAUUGAAAAUACAGGAAGCGAACAGGGUGGCGCUGAGAUGGCUCUCAUCUUCGUUACGAUUCCUAUGGGCGCCAUAUUCCUGCGCCUUAAGAGGUGGCAGACACGGUCCAUGACUGGCCACGACUGGUCUUAGACCCUGGGAAAAUUUUGGCGAGGCAAACGGCCCUUCCUCUCUUUCUCCCUAUUCCUGCCCUUCAGCGGGGACGGGGAGCCAUGGCUGACAGAGAAGAGCAAGCAGCGACGGUGGGCACUGAUCUUGGUCUGGCGUUGCUCAAAAUCAAUGACGAUAGUGAUGACGAAAGGGAAAGAGCCGAGGCGUCCUCCGAGAGCGAGGAUGAAGCAUAUAAUGAGCACAAUCAAGAGGAGCAGCAGCAGCAAUACCUCCUAAAAUCGAUACAGUCGAGCAUUCUGAUCCGGCAGCUUCCAAGCGAGGGCCUUUCCUUUCAGUUAUGGCCUGCCGCCACCGCCCUCGUCUCCCUUAUGGAUCAAGAACAUCUCCCCAUCCCUUGCGUCGACAAGUUGAAAGCGACCAGUAAUGUCGACCGACCAAUCAGAGCCCUGGAGUUGGGAUCAGGCACGGGCUUGGUGGGCAUCGCGGCGGCCGCGCUGCUGGGCGCCCAAGUCGUCCUCACCGACCUCCCUCAUGUUCUUCCGAACCUCCUCUUCAAUGCCGAAGCCAACGGGGAGGUCGUGAGGGCGAGCGGCCGCGGUGGCAGCGUGUCCGUCGACUGCUUGCGAUGGGGCAACGCCGAGGACUGCCUCAAGCACCGCGGCCUGGACCUCAUCCUGGCAUCCGACGUCGUCUACCACAGCCACCUCUUCGAUCCACUGCUUCAGACGCUCCGGCUCUUGCUGGUAGAUGAGACGGUUCUGGUGAUGGCGCACCUCAGGAGGUGGAAGAAGGACGCUGUCUUCUUCAAGAAGGCGAAGAAGUGGUUCGAUGUUGAGAUGGUCCACACGCAUCCUCCAUUUCCUGGUACUAGAGUCGGAGUAGCCAUCUACUGUUUCACUAAAAGAAGAGCCUGAUAGUGUUAAUCGCCAUAUAGUUGAAGCAUGCAGCUUCUUUUGCUCCUGCAAUUACUCUGCAAGAGAUGAUUUUGUCAUGUAUUUGUAUUUGUAUUCGGGAAAGCAGAACUGCUUGCAGUAGCAAGCAACUUUAGGCAAUUCAUUCUUUUAUCACUAGGCACGUAUCCUGAAAUUGAUUUAUAUUGUUUGGGGUUUCGGAUCGGCUACGUCGUUGCCCAAGAA